AUGAUAUUCUCGACGCUGCCAGUUAUUCUGCUUGGUGCUUCAGUCACCAAUGCCGCGCUCACCUACAAGGGCGUGGACUGGUCGUCUGUAGCUGUUGAAGAAAAGGCCGGGGUCUCGUACAAGACCGCAAAUGGCAACGCGCAGCCCCUGGAAAGAAUCCUCGCUAGUAGCGGCGUCAACACGGUCCGACAAAGGGUCUGGGUGAAUCCGGCAGGCGGUGACUAUAACCUAGCUUACAACAUCGCGCUUGCGAAAAGAGCAAAGUCGGCCGGGCUCGGGGUUUAUGUCGACCUCCACUACAGCGACACCUGGGCAGAUCCCGGACAUCAAGCUAUCCCGGCAGGAUGGCCCACCGGAAUCGACGACCUCUCGUGGAAACUGUACAAUUAUACGCUUGAUGUGUCGAACCAGUUCCAAGAUGUGGGGGUACAACCGACGAUAAUAUCGAUUGGAAACGAGAUCACCGCCGGUCUGCUUUGGCCAACGGGGAGGACAUCAUCAUGGGGCAAUGUCGCCCGGCUUUUGCAUUCGGCGUCGGCAGCCGUCAAGGAUUCAAGGCUCAAUCCGAAGCCCAAGAUAAUGAUCCACCUCGAUAAUGGAUGGAACUGGUCAACGCAAAACAAUUGGUACACGAAUGUACUGAAGCAGGGAACACUCGUGUCCUCGGACUUCGACAUGAUCGGCAUUUCGUUCUAUCCGUUUUACUCGUCUUCGGCAACCCUGUCGGCGCUCAAGACAAGCUUGACCAACUUGGCUAAUGGAUGGGGAAAAGACCUCGUUGUUGCCGAAACGGAUUGGCCAACAUCAUGUCCGGCACCCAAGACAUCGUUCCCGUCCGACGCCCGCAGCAUCCCCUAUUCGGCAGCAGGGCAGGCAACGUGGAUCAAAGACGUUGCUAACGUAGUGGCGGGAGUUAAGGGCGGCGUAGGUCUGUUCUACUGGGAACCGGCUUGGAUUCACAAUGCAAACCUGGGCUCGUCCUGCGCGGACAAUUGCAUGUUCUCUCACUCGGGACAGGCGCUGUCAAGUAUGUCUGUCUUUGAGCAAAUUUAGGAGCCUGAGUUUGCUGUCGUUGUAAACGGUAACUGCCAGAUUAAGUAGGGACGAUAGUAACAGGUCAAAUCCACAAAUACAGAAUGCAAUAAAAUUGCACAUUGAAGAAGACGCAGCUUUUAUGUAGUUGGAGAAAAUGACAGCAGACAGCAGAACGAAAUAACUGUGAUAUGUUGGCUUAGACGUUCUGUAAAGAUGGAUGAAUAAG